UCAACAGUCUACUCGGACCAUUUCUUCUUGUCCUCCUCCGCUUCUACACUGCUUCCGACUAUCAUUAAACGCAGCUCCGGUAACUCAACGUACAAAAUCCGAUGAGUAGCGGCAGCAGCGGAGGCGCCGGAGGGCAGCCGGCGGCGCACUCAUUGGCGUUCAGAGUGAUGCGUCUUUGCCGCCCGACGCUCCACGUGGACAAUUCCCCUCUCAAAUUCGACCCCUGCGAUCUCCUCUUUGGCGAGGACCUCUUCGACGAUCCAAUCGCGGCGUCGCACCUUCCUCGCCUCCUCGGCGGUCAAUCGAGCGCCGCGGCCGUAGAUCCAGCCGACCUCAGCUACCGCGGCAGAUUCCUCCUUCAGCAACCCACCGAUUCGCUCGGCCUCCCCGGCCUCCUCGUUCUCCCCCAAGCCUUUGGGGCGAUAUAUUUGGGGGAGACGUUCUGCAGUUAUAUAAGCAUCAACAACAGUUCCAAUUUUGAAGUCCGAGACGUUGUGAUUAAGGCUGAAAUUCAAACAGAAAGACAAAGAUUACUGCUGUUGGAUACAUCAAAAUCACCUGUUGAAUCAAUACGUGCUGGUGGCCGUUAUGAUUUCAUUGUGGAACAUGAUGUCAAAGAGCUGGGUGCGCACACAUUGGUGUGUACAGCACUUUAUACCGAUGGUGACAAUGAGAGGAAGUAUCUCCCCCAAUUUUUCAAAUUUAUGGUUUCAAACCCCCUCUCUGUCCGAACUAAGGUUCGCAAUGUGAAGGACACAACAUUUCUGGAAGCCUGUAUAGAAAACCAUACGAAAUCUGACCUUUACAUGGAUCAAGUUGAGUUUGAGCCGGCACAAUAUUGGAAUGCAACAGUCCUCAGAGCUGAAUAUCAUUCUUCAGAGCCUAGCUCAGUACUGAGUGAGACUUUUAAGGAACCCAUUCUCAUCAAAUCCGGAGGAGGAAUCUAUAAUUAUCUCUACCAAUUAAAAUUCUCAUCACCUGAUAAUACACAAUUUAAAGCUGAGAGCAGCAAGAUUCUUGGCAAGCUUCAGAUAACAUGGCGUACAAAUUUGGGUGAGCCAGGUCGCUUGCAAACUCAACAUAUACUUGGUAAUCCUGUUACCCGGAAGGACAUUGAGUUGCAUGCAGUGGAGAUGCCAUCUGUGAUUAUGUUGGAGAAAUCGUUCCUGGUGGGUUUGAAUCUCAUAAAUUUGACAGAUCGUGUAUUGGGGCCGUUUCAAGUAUGGGUAUCAGAAGGUGGUUCACCUGAUGAGAAGGCUGUUGUGGUCAAUGGUCUUCAGACAAUGACUCUUGGAGAGGUACAACCACAUAGCUCGUUAAAGUUUCAGUUGAAUUUGAUUGCUGUCAAGCAUGGGAUACAGAAAAUCAGUGGCAUUACAGUGUAUGACACAGUAGAGAAGAAGACUUAUGAAUCACUCUUCGAAAUGGAGAUAUACGUUGACUUAGAGUGAGUGGUUAACUGGUCAACACUCCGACCGCCAUAAUAUUUUGAGGUUGGUUUGUGAUCUGUUGCGAGAACUUUUCCAAGAGAACUUAAUUACUGCAUUUGAAACGAGACAGAAUGGCAGCAACGGAACUUUUUUUGUGUCCCUGCAAUGGAACUAGCUUGCAAGAACAGUUGAAGAAUCAGAUAGAUUGCUUUCUCUACAGCGCGUAACAUUUCAUACUUCAUCUCUUGGGCAUCAGUUUUUUUGUGAAGAUGUUGUAAAAUAUAAUUUUAAUAAUUUUAGCAUAUAAUUAUAUCUCUUCCUAUUCA